AACUCCAGACAUUCGGAAAGAGUUCUUUCCGUGAGCUGUGAGCCGCACGUGGCUGGACCAUUCGCGUGAUUCGCAUGGUUCGGGGGCAUUUGCACAUCUAAGAGACGUGAAUCGUGACGUUGACCCUCUUUUCCUGCACGCCAUGCACUCCACUUGAAAAGAGGCAUUGAUCCGGCACCAACAUUGGCCCACGACUUUGGCCGGCUCAUUUGCUCAGCCGGGUGAAGAAAGGAGAGCUAGAGGCGGAUCACCACUGGUGGAAGGCCGCUUGGUUUGCUCAGGGCAAUGGCGGACCCACCGCGAUUGGCUCCGCCACCAGGCCGUGGCGUGGCCGACGUGGGCGCGCAGCUCCAGCAGAUGGGUUUGUCGGAGGGCGAUGCGCAGAAGCCUCUUCCACAGGACUUCGUCUGGGGCCCGGAGCCAGACGACCUGGACGCUGAGCUGGCAAUGGUUGAGAAAGAGCUGCAGCAACUCAAUGAGCUCGAGCUCUCCAUGAACCAGGCAGUGGACGUUCAUGUCGGCAGCGAUCCAGUCUGGGCAAUGCAGCAGUCGUUCGAACAGUUUCCCAAUUACACGAUGUCCGAUGGCGCCAUUCCAGCAAACUACGGUGCGCUGGCAACCAACACGGCAGCACUGACGAUGCAGGGAGGUGGACAGCAGGCUGCUGGCCAGGCUGCCGGACAAGGAGGAGGUGCUUGGCUGGAGUUUGAGAGCCCGUUUCAGGCUAGUGGAACACAUCCAAGUUCUCCCAAUCCAUACCAGCAAGCACCAAUGCAACAACCAGCUCAGGCUGCUGCGCCUGCACCUGCCCAAGUUACGCCAUUGCCGAAGCCAAGUGGCCCGGUGCCAGCACAGGGCACUCACAAGGCUGUGUUCCGCUUCAUCCCACGCCAUGGCGACGAGCUGGACAUGAAGCCGGGAGAUCCGAUUGCAGUGCAGAGCCAGGCACCGGACCUAUGGUUUAGCGGCUUCAACCUGCGAACGGGCCAGAGCGGCAUCUUCCCAGGACAUUGUGUGGGCGAUGUCAAAAGUCGUGGACCCACACAGCCCGGGCCGAAAAUGAAACCGGCUCGCUUCCGUGUCAGAUUCCUUGGAGCAGUGCAAGUCAACUCCCACAAAGGCGUCGAUCUCCUCUGCGCAGCAGUUCAAAAGGUUAUGGAAUGGAGAAAGAAGAGGGACGUCGGCCCAAUGAAGCCAGUCGUCCUGGAGAUCUCGGCGCAAGGACUCAAGAUGAAAGACAUCUCUGACAGCGACGAGAAAUACCAAGAAGAGCGGCGUCAGAGUAUCCAGAAGAAGAAGAACUUCGAUGUCGAUUCAGAUGGUGGCAUCAAGAAGUUCUUCUUCCCACUCGUCAGUGUGACAUUCUGCUCAUGUAAUCCAAAGAACAAUAGGCUCUGGGCAUUCGUCAGCCGCCGUAAGGACAAGGUCUUUUCCUGCCAGGUGUUCGCUGCGUCACAAUCAACACAGCCACUCACUGUUGCAAUGGGACGCGCAUUCAAGCAACUCCAUACCGACUUUGUGCAACAUGCCACCCAGGAAGCACGCAGCAAGUAGACAGCUGGCACUGGCAAACCAAUGCAGUACACAGCGUGCUCUGUGUGUCUCGUGAAUCUAUAUGUUGGACUCAGUAGAGCGUCCAGCCCCUAUAUGAUGUCCAACCCCUAUAUAGAGUCCAUUGGUCCAAAAUCCACUGUACAGAGUCCAAACUUGGAAUCAACUGUGAGCUCAAAGUUUAGAUGGACAUCACUCCCUGUAUAGAGUCCAGCCAAUUGGCUUCACCCCUAUAUAGAGUCCAUUGGUCCAAAAUCAACUGUACGGAGUCCAAACUUUGAAAUCAACUAUAAAGAUUAAAGAGUCUUAUGUGGACAACACUCCCUGUAUAAAGUCCAGCCAAUUAGGCAUCCCCUAUCGAGUUCGAAAUUAGACAUAGGAUCUGCUGUAAGCAGUGAAUAUUAACCAGAAAACGGCGUCUCCCUUUAAUCCUUUACAUCAUUCACUUCUCAAGGUAAAAAAUAUGUAUUGAGGCGCCACUGCAGCCACUUCAUUACAUGAAAAAGCCUACAAACACCAGCCUCAAAUCAAGUGGUCUCUUCGCAGACGCUGCAAAUUACAAUAUCUCAAUCAUGUAGUGUUGCCAAAUAAUUGUGCACGCACACACACACACAUGCACACACCCACACAACGCCAAGAAAAUACCUAGAAAAUAAACAAGAAUCGAAAGAGAAUAAUGGAGAGCCCAGGAUUAAUUAUUUGUUUUCAAAUUAUUGAGCGCGCACGCGCGCGCGCACACACACACACACACACACACACACACAAACUUAUACAACGCCAAGAAAACACUAAGAAAAGAGUAGAGACACAAUGCACACGCAACUCCAACAGCCAUGCAAACGUCCACCCAUUUACAAGUAAAGUCAAGAGGGAUAACAAAUAAUUAUACGAAACUAAUGCAUACAGGGACGGGUACACGCACGUUUACAUACAUGUAGUAGUGUAAGAGAGUAACAUAGUGCAGUAGUCAGCAUAAUACUAGCACAUGCUGAGAGUGCGAUAGCAAGCUUCACCAUUGCUCAUGGCCAUGCAAAUGUUCAGCAGCACUCAGUUCCGCAAGCUUCUGAAGAUCAGCACACCUGCAACAAAUAGAUAGCACAAGGAUACGCUUAUUACCGUAAUGAUGCAUGGGAGCACACAACUACCAAGUUCUCAACGAAUGUGAUGCUCAAUGAAAAUCAAUCCACUCAAAGACCUGUGAACAGGUGACGGUGGGGACAAUAAUCUAUUAGUAAUACGAGGAAUAAGAUGGUUUGUGCACACUCAAGACGCACAGACACAUCACCAUACAUGUAGUGUACACAGUGUUUCACUUCACUGCAACUAAAUUGAAAUGAGAUGAUUUGAACAAUCUGUACAGCGUUGCCGUCAGUCAGUCUUCCCCAAGAUGGAAAUACAAUGAUUUGUUGUCACGAGGCAGUUUCACUGACACAAUGUCAUGUUCGUGACAUCAAAACGGUUACUUCAGGGAAUACGAGUAUUAGCUUGAGAAGCUUUUUCUUGUCAUUGGCAUACAAGCAAUCCUCCUACUACUACUAGUACACUGGCACUGCGUUUGUGGAUCCCAUUGUAUUUUGACAUCACACUAGAGGAAGAGUGUCGUGGAGUUUCACAUAAUUAUCACAGGGAUAAAAAUACAUUUCUCAUGAAAUAAUUAUAAUAAUUGAUGAUAGCUAGACGAUCGUAUACGAUUGAUGCAAAGUCCUUGCAGUCCUUGAGGACUAUUACGAAGAGGUUGAUUACUUUUAGGGCAUUCAUUCAAGCAACAUCAAACAAACGCGAUACGCUCCUUGAAAAUGGAAAAAAAUUCAAGCAUAACGACAGAACAGCAGACCAAUCGAAACGAGUAAAAGCAUCCUUACCUCAGUCAUCGUCCUGCCAUGUAGUUGGACAGCCUUUUGACACGGUGGGACAGGCAGCUCUUGUCCAGUCAAACAGGGGUAUCCUUGUGGCGUCGAACGAAAGAGAGUGUCAGUGUACUAUCUGACUCGUCAGAUUGGAACUGUGCUGAACUUUUCUCUUUCUCCGGUUUCUGCUUUCAUCCCUCGCUCUGAUGAAACCGUUCAAACGUCUUACUGGCAGCAAUGGCCAGCCAAACAGGGGAUCCUUGUGGCGUCGAACGAAAGAGAGUGUCAGUGUACCUGACUCGUCAGAUUUAAACUGUGCAGUGAACUUUUCUCGUUCUGCAAUUUCUGCUUUCACCCCGCACACUGAUGAGACGUCUUCAGAGAACCACAAGACGCUUUCCAGAUUUGAUUUUGAACGUCUCCUUAUCCUCCUUGGUUACCUCGUGACAGAUUACUGUCAGCAACUUCACAGCAGAACCGGCAGCCAUGGCUGAAGCGAAGAAAGGAAUGCGCUGCCACGAGGCAAGCAAAACUGAAAAAGUGUUUGUUCUUUUUCGGGCACAACACACAGGACGGCGUGACUGGAUAAACUGGACUCCUGGACUGUGAAUAGGGGACUGGUAGAAAAAGUGUACUCCUUAUAGGGGAUUGCGCGGCAGGUUGAAGCUGAUCAAAACUGAGUGGACUCCUGGACUCUGUAUAGUGGAUUUUGGACCAAUGGACUCUAUAUAGGGUGCUGGACAUCAUAUAGUGCAUGGACUCUAUACUGAGUCCUACAUAUAUAAAAUGCUGAGUGUCUGCCCCACAAGUGCAUGUAAAUUAUCCCUUGUUUCCUUCCUUCUUACAAUACCUUCAUGUUAGCCUGCUCCGGAAUCGUGUUUACGUUUCCAUGCGGUUUUUGUUUCAGCCUUUUUGCUCACUCUAUCUUUAAGGCCUGCUUUGUCCAAUAAUACUAAGUCUAACUAGUGGCUUUCAAUCAUUUCCAUCUCCACCUAUUUAACAUGAACAGAUCUGUUGGUCUCGAAUGAUAACGUUAGUCUGCCAGUCA